UUCAGCACCACAACAAUCCCCAAGAUGCUGGUGAACAUUAAAACACACAGCAAGUCUAUCACCUAUGCAGGCUGCCUAACGCAGGUGUCCUUUUUUUUCCUGUUUGGGUGUUUGGACAAUCUGCUCCUGGCUGUGAUGGCCUAUGACCGGUUUGUGGCCAUUUGUCACCCCCUGAACUAUUCAGUCAUUAUGAGCCCAUGCCUCUGUGGCCUGUUGGUCCUGAUGUCAUUUUUCAUCAGCCUUUUGGAAUCUCAGAUUCAUUGUUUGAUGGUGUCCCAGCUUACCUUUUGCACAAAUGUGGAAAUUCAUCAUUUCUUUUGUGAUGCACCUCAACUCUUCCACCUUGCCUGCUCUGAUACCUCCAUCAACACCAUAAUAAUUUAUUUUAUAGGUGCCAUCUUUGGUGGUAUUCCCCUCUCAGGGAUCUUUUGUUCUUAUACACGAAUUGUUUCUUCCAUUCUGAGAGUCCCAUCCACAGGUGGGAAGAACAAAGCCUUCUCCACUUGUGGCUCUCACCUGUCGGUUGUUUGCUUAUUUUAUGGAACAGGCCUUGGUGUGUACCUCAGUUCAGCUGUCUCACAUUCUCCCAGGAAGGGUGCAGUGACCUCAGUAAUGUAUGCUUUGGUUGUUCCUAUGCUGAAUCCCUUCAUCUACAGCUUGCGGAAUGGGGACGUCAAGAGGGCUUUGCAGAGACUCCUCAACAGAACAGUCUAG